AUGAGAGGUGGUGAGGAGGAGAAGAUCGAUGGCGCCGGAUCAGGGCGCCGCCAGGAGUUGAAUGAGGGUUGGGGCGCAGGGGGUAGCAUAUGGGCUGGCACCCGUGGGAUAAAGGGGAAGCCGGAGGCCGUCGCGAUUGGGAUCUGGGGGUCCCACGGGAAUCGUUGGAGCUGCGGUGGUGGUGAGUGGGCGCGUGGAUGGCGGCGCUGUGUGGGUGCGUUAGUUUGGGCGGGGCCCGCGGGAGGGUGGGGUGGGGCGGAAGAGGUGAGGUGGUGGAAGUGUUGUGGGUUUUUCGGGGGGCUUGGGGGUUCCUGUUGGUCGGGCAUUGGAAGGUCGGGUAACGGGGGGGCGGGCGGCCGGGGGCAAGCAGGUGGUGGUUCGACGGCCGCGCUUGUGUGUGUACGUGUGGGCCAUGGGGUGGCUGGCAGAGGAGGGGGCGGGGAGUGGGUGGCGGGUGGGGUCUCGGGACCGGUCAUGAGGACGGAUGUCGUGAGUGUGUUGUCGAGGGUUUUGUCGAGAGGCGAUGCGGUGGGGGCAGCGGUCGUGGUCUGGCGGUUGGAGGAGAGCUGUGCUCGGUGCGGGGUGAAUGGUCGGGUGUUGACGCGCGGGGGGGGGGGGGGGGGGGGGGGGGGGGGGGGGGGGGGGGGGGGGGGGGGGGGGGGGGGGGGGGGGGGGGGGGGGGGGGGGGGGGGGGGGGGGGGGGGGGGGGGGGGGGGGGGGGGGGGGGGGGGGGGGGGGGGGGGGGGGGGGGGGGGGGGGGGGGGGGGGGGGGGGGGGGGGGGGGGGGGGGGGGGGGGGGGGGGGGGGGGGGGGGGGGGGGGGGGGGGGGGGGGGGGGGGGGGGGGGGGGGGGGGGGGGGGGGGGGGGGGGGGGGGGGGGGGGGGGGGGGGGGGGGGGGGGGGGGGGGGGGGGGGGGGGGGGGGGGGGGGGGGGGGGGGGGGGGGGGGGGGGGGGGGGGGGGGGGGGGGGGGGGGGGGGGGGGGGGGGGGGGGGGGGGGGGGGGGGGGGGGGGGGGGGGGGGGGGGGGGGGGGGGGGGGGGGGGGGGGGGGGGGGGGGGGGGGGGGGGGGGGGGGGGGGGGGGGGGGGGGGGGGGGGGGGGGGGGGGGGGGGGGGGGGGGGGGGGGGGGGGGGGGGGGGGGGGGGGGGGGGGGGGGGGGGGGGGGGGGGGGGGGGGGGGGGGGGGGGGGGGGGGGGGGGGGGGGGGGGGGGGGGGGGGGGGGGGGGGGGGGGGGGGGGGGGGGGGGGGGGGGGGGGGGGGGGGGGGGGGGGGGGGGGGGGGGGGGGGGGGGGGGGGGGGGGGGGGGGGGGGGGGGGGGGGGGGGGGGGGGGGGGGGGGGGGGGGGGGGGGGGGGGGGGGGGGGGGGGGGGGGGGGGGGGGGGGGGGGGGGGGGGGGGGGGGGGGGGGGGGGGGGGGGGGGGGGGGGGGGGGGGGGGGGUGGGGGGGGGGGGGGGGGGGGGGGGGGGGGGGGGGGGGGAGGGGGAGGGGGGGGGGGGGGGGUGGAUGCGAGUGGGACUGUGUGUGUGGUGUGGUGUGGGGGGGGGGGCGCUGCACGAAGAGCGUCGAACGAGCAGAGAAAGACAAAGGAGGCGAGACGGGGGAGAAGCGCAUAGAGAUAGAAGAGCGAGCGAAGCGACGAAGAGAGAGAGAGAAGACGCGAGAGAUCUAA